AGGGGCGUGGUGAUCGUGUCCGUUGGAGCCACGGGCGGAAGAACCGAAGAAGGGAGGCGAUGGCCAGGAAGAAGAUCCGGGAGUACGAUUCCAAGCGUCUCCUCAAGGAGCACCUCAAGCGUCUCGCCGGCAUCGAUCUCCAGAUCCGAUCCGUCCAGGUGACGGAAUCGACGGACUUCAAUGAGUUGGUGAACAAGGAGCCAUGGCUUUCGUCCAUGAAGUUGGUCGUGAAGCCCGACAUGCUGUUCGGCAAGCGUGGAAAGAGUGGUUUGGUGGCUCUCAACCUAGAUCUGGCUCAGGCGGCUCAGUUUGUCAAGGAACGUCUGGGAGUGGAGGUUGAGAUGGGAGGGUGCAAGGCUCCGAUCACCACGUUCAUAAUCGAGCCAUUUGUUCCCCACGAUCAAGAAUACUACCUCUCUAUUGUGUCCGAGAGGCUGGGUUGCACCGUCAGCUUCUCAGAGUGUGGAGGCAUUGAAAUAGAGGAGAACUGGGACAAGGUCAAGACGGUAUAUCUUCCUACAGAGAAGCCUAUGACAGGCGAGGCAUGUGCUCCUUUGAUCGCAACGCUUCCAUUGGAGGUACGAGGGAAGAUAGGGGACUUUAUUAAGGGAGUUUUUACUGUGUUCCAAGAUUUGGAUUUCAGUUUUAUAGAGAUGAACCCAUUUACUUUGGUAAAUGGUGAACCAUACCCACUGGAUAUGCGAGGAGAAUUGGAUGAUACGGCUGCUUUCAAGAACUUCAAAAAGUGGGGAGGCAUUGACUUCCCACUUCCUUUUGGAAGAGUCCUGAGCCCUACAGAAAAAUUUGUUCAUGAACUCGAUGAGAAGACCAGUGCCUCCUUGAAGUUCACUGUCCUAAAUCCAAAAGGACGCAUAUGGACAAUGGUAGCUGGUGGUGGUGCUAGUGUCAUUUAUGCUGAUACGGUCGGAGAUCUGGGCUAUGCAUCUGAACUUGGAAACUAUGCGGAGUACAGUGGUGCUCCAAAUGAGGAAGAGGUUCUUCAAUAUGCCAGAGUCGUUCUUGAUUGUGCAACCGCCGAUCCAGAUGGCCGUAAGAGAGCUCUUCUCAUUGGAGGAGGUAUAGCAAACUUUACUGACGUUGCUGCUACAUUCAAUGGCAUCAUCAGGGCACUGAAAGAGAAGGAAUCAAAGCUGAAGGCAGCAAGGAUGCACAUCUAUGUUAGAAGAGGGGGACCAAAUUAUCAGACUGGUCUGGCAAAAAUGAGGAAAGUGGGCGAGGAGCUCGGAGUUCCUCUGGAGGUAUAUGGACCGGAGGCCACGAUGACAGGAAUUUGCAAAGAAGCUAUUGACUGUGUCAUGUCUGCUGCAUAACUACCAUUGCAUCGAUCAUUUCUUUUACUACCCUUCAUUUUGUCUUGCUAAUCAAAACCAUGCUUCAGGAACAAUGUGUAGCUUCAGUGAGAAAUUUGACACGUGAACAUUAGAAUACAUGAUUGUUGAGCUUGAAAGUUAAUUUGAUCAUGGAAAUAAAUUAAGGUUCCUUUUUGAA